AUCACGGAGCAAGUGUCAGCAGCGUCCUCGAGACGAAUAAUAUCGACGAUGUUGACGGUGUCUUUCGGCCAACGGUCUGAUCAUCCCUCGAAAUAUCGCGGUUUCGAAUCAAUGCCGUUCUCAUAUGGACACAAGUGAGAAUUAGUGUGAAGUGGGAGUGGUUAUCCGCAAAAUAUCAAUUUAUUGAUAACAGUGAACCGGUCGCAUCUCCUGAGGAAACAUGUUUAUCGAAAAGCCGGUGCCAUUUCAUUUGUAGGUUAUAUGCCGAGUGAACAAAUGAGUCGGUUGUAGUGUAAAGCCGCGAUAGAUAAAAUGUCGAGGAAGUGGUUGUCGAAUUUCGCACUGGCUGCCACUAUCAGAUGGCUGCUGAUGAAUUCCGGCUACCAAAAAAUCAUCAGCAACCGCGUCGAAGUGUCGACUGCUUUGAACUCUUGGAAGAGAGUAACUGAAGGGGUUUAUUUGUAUAAUUUUGGCAUUGACCCCUACGAAGGUGAUCUGUUUCAUGAGACUCCUAUUGGCUUAUAUGUCUUUAAUCUUAUGCAGAAAUAUUUACCUCAGUGGGUACUUUUUCUGCUGUUUAUCGCUACUGACUUGAUAACAGCCUUGUGCCUUGCAAUUACCGCAAAGCACUACGCAAUCGAGCUGGCAACAAGGAGAAAAGAAGAAAAAGUACAAGAUGAAGAUAAGCUUGACAAAGGUACCUCCAGUGUAUCAGUCUUGUAUGUCUCUGCAGGCUACCUAUUUAAUCCUUACAUAAUACUCAACUGUGUCGGCCUUACAACUACAGUCUUCACCAAUCUGCUCUAUUCGAUUGCACUGUUGUCCAUGACAAGGCAUUCCAUACUGUGGAGUUGCAUGUCAAUAGCACUGUUGACACUGCAAGAACUCUAUCCCAUAUCGCUGAUGGUGCCAGCAGCUAUCUACGUCGCCAAUGCAGCAAGUGAUAAGACCAAGAAAAUUAGCAUCAUCAUAAUGCUGGUCGCGUUCAUGAGCAUCUUGGCAGUGCUGUUCGCCGUUUCUUACUACAUCAUGGGAAGUUGGUCAUUCCUGUGGAGCACUAUUGGAUUCAUUCUGACUGUGCCUGACCUACGCCCGAACAUCGGAUUGUACUGGUAUUUCUUCACGGAGAUGUUCGAGCAUUUCAGAUGGCUCUUCAUCGCGUCAUUCCAGAUAAACGUCAGUUUAUUGUACAUAGUCCCUUUAGCGCUGCGAUUGCGACGCGAUCCAAUGUUGCUAGCAUUCUCGUAUCUAGCGAUAGCUGCCAUAUUCAAAUCCUACCCGUGUAUCGGAGAUGUCGGCUUUUAUAUAUCUCUGUUGCCGCUUUGGAAGCAUUUGUUUCAACAUAUGCAACAAGGAUUUAUCGUAGGCUGUUUCGUGCUGUUCUGCACGGUCUUCGCUCCGACUGUAUGGCAUCAAUGGAUUUAUUCCAGAUCGGCGAACGCAAACUUUUACUUCGGUGUAACGCUAGCAUUCGCUAUAGCGCAAAUCUUUCUCCUCACGGACAUCCUGUUCGCCAGUCUGAAAUACGAGUUCGCGGUUCAGCACGGUAACAAUAAGAAGGUUAACGGAAACGAAGCUAAGUUGCUACUGGAGUAAUGAGACUUUCUAGGUGAGAUAAUAAUUAACGUAAUAUACAUUGAAUAAACGACACACGUCUUUGAAUUGUGCGAAAAUAAAUAGUUUUCUAUAAGAGUAGUUUUAUUUGUUGUUUUAUUUGGACAAACUGACAUACUUGACCGCGCUGAUUUUUAAAGCAUUACUGAAGGCAACAAUUUUGCACUUUGUUCUUAUCAAUCACGUUACAAAUUGCAGAUAGUGAGAUCAGAUUAUAGUAAAAAUUAUAGAAUAAAAUUACAAUAAAUUACGAUAAGUUGAUAAAACACAAUGUAAAAAGUAAAUCAUAACUUAGAAACAUGAACAAAAAGGAAUAAAUAUCUUGUGUAAUUAAAGAGCUAUACUAUAAGUUAUAAGUUUUAAACCU